AUGAUUGUUGAUGAAGAAGAUGGACCUUUAGUUGGAGAGGAGGUCAAUAACAAUAAUAAUAAUACUAUUGAUAAUAUUACAAAUGAAGAAAGUGAUGAAAACAGUGGUAGUGUAAAUAAUAACAACGAUAAUGGCAAUGGUGUAAGAUCAAGAUUCAAUAAAAAAGAUGAUCAAACAUCAGAGAGUAGCGAUGAUCAAACUUUACCACAACCACCACAACAACAACAACAAAGUAACAGUAACAGUAAUAAUAGCAACAACAAUAAAAAUGUACCAAAAUUAGUAAAGAUGGUAGUUUCAAGCGAUAGUGAAUCUGAUUUAAAUAGUAACAAAAACAAUAUAAAUCCAAACGCUUUAAUUGGUGUUUGUGCUGAUGGUACUAGAUUCCCAUUACCUUAUACAAAGAAUCCACUUACAUUACAUCCAAUCAGUGAAUGGUCUUUCUUUGAUUAUGCAAAGAAUGCUUCAUUAGCAAGUUUAUUAUUAUUAUUAUUCAAUUUACCAGGUUGGGUUUUCAUUGCUUGGUUUAUAUUUUGGAGAUUUAUGUAUAACAUCGGACUUGGUUUAUUACUUAGAUAUCAAUCAAAUACAACAUUCAUCACCAAAUUCGUUAAAACUUGGUCAAAUCCUUCUCAUCCAUUAUAUCCACAUUUAAAACAAUUUUGUACUUCAGGUAUGGGUUCAGACUAUGAUUUUGAUAAUACUCCAGCUGAAUAUAAUGCAUGGUUAGCAUUUAGACACAUUGUUGAUAUUGUUUUAGCAAAUGAUUUAGUAACCUAUGUUGUAUUUGCGUUAGCAUAUUAUGAAAUUCCAAAAGAUGUAGGAUUCUCUAUUAUUCCAAUCUAUUUGUUAGGUGCAUUCUUAUGUGCAUUCACAUUUUGGGCAAAGACUGAUGCAUACCGUGUCGUUAAAGAUUUCGCAUGGUAUUGGGGUGAUUUCUUCUUUUUAGUUGAUCAAAAAUUAACUUUUGAUAGAGUUUUCUCAAUUUCACCACAUCCAAUGUAUACAAUUGGGUAUACAUUUUAUUAUGGAGCAAGUUUAAUAACACAAAGUUAUACAGUACUUUAUGUUAGUUUAUUCGCACAUUUUUGUCAAUUAAUAUUUUUAGUACUUGUUGAAGAUCCACAUAUUCAAAAGACUUAUCCAGAGAUUGUAGAAGAUCCACAUAUUACACGUGAAAAAGUUAAAACUUAUUUCGGUCAUGAUUUGGUUGUAGUAAAGAAUUUCCAAUUCCUUCGUGCAGCUGAUCUUUUCACUUUGUUAAUUGUAAUCUAUACAUUGGCAUUGAAUUUAUUAUCACUUCCAACUUGGUUCUACAUUGUUCAAGCUAUCUUUUGGAGAUGUGUUCUUUCAUUUGGUUUAGGUUGGGUACUUAGAUUACAAUCAAAUCAACAAUGGUGGACAAAUAAAUAUCAAUCUGUUCUUGGUAAAGAUAAAUUCAUUUCUUUUGAAAAUUGGAAAAAUAUUUAUAAUUUAUGUUUAAUUAUGGCACAUAUUUCAUUUACAUCAUGUUUUUUCAAAUAUGUUCAAAUUGAUUUCAAUUUCUUUGGAUCAAUCUUUUGGAGACAAAUUUUAGGUUUAAUGUUAAUUUUAAUCAAUUUAUGGAGUUCCUUAUCAACAUUUGAAGUUUUGGGUGAAUUUGGUUGGUUCUAUGGUGAUUUCUUCAUUGAAGAUAUUCCAUCCAAUCUUUAUUAUACAGGUAUCUAUAGAUUUUUAAAUAAUCCAGAUUCUGUAACUGGUUUCGCUGGUUUCUAUGGUCUCAGUUUAAUUGCCGGUAGUUUCCCAUUAUUUGCCUUGUCAAUAUUCUCACAAGUUGCCAAUUUCCUCUUUAUCAAAUUCGUUGAGAAACCACAUAUGAAGAGACUCUAUGGAAGUAAAGUACGUUCUCAAAGUGGUAUUUCCAAAGGUAUUCAAGAGAUUGUCAAUGAAUUAACUGAAACUUCACCACCAAUUCAAAAAUUAGUUACAAAAACUCGUAAUCUUACUGAACGUGUUGAAAGAAGAGUUUCUGAUCGUAUUAAUUCCUUUGUUGAUGAACUUCAAAAACAUGGUAUUCCAUUAUCAACUGAACAAUUUGAAAUUUUAAAAACUUUAAAAGAGAAAUAUAAUAAUAAUAAUAAUACUUCACCAAGUGAUAGUGAUAAUAAUAAUAGUAAUAAUAAUAAUAAUAACACUAAUAGUAAUAAUAAUAAAAAAUCAAAGAAAAUAUGA